UCAUGUAGCCAGCUAGCAGGAUAGUUACACCGCCUGCUAGCCAACGUUAGCUGGUCCGCUCUUCGCAGGCUAAUAUAGAAGUAGUAAUGUACAAAACUCACUAAUGCGGUAGCUUACUGGUAAGCUGACAGCUUAUGUAGUUAUUGAGGGAACAAUGGUGAAGUACUUCAGCUGCAGUGGUGUUCUGAAGAGCUCCUGGGACCAAGUCUUCAUUGCAUUCUGGCAGAGAUACCCCAACCCUUACAGUAACCAUGUCCUGACCGAGGACAUCAUCUUCCGGGAAGUGACCCCGGACAACUGCCUCAUUUCCAGACGGCUCCUGACCAAGACCAGCCGGGCACCUCGCUGGGCAGAGAGAUACCUCCCGGUCCACAUGGCUCGCUCGGCCUACAUCAUGGAGGACUCGAUAGUGGACCCUCAGAACAAGACUUUGACCACCAUGACCUGGAACAUCAGCCAUGCACGCCUCAUGUCUGUGGAAGAGCGUUGUGUGUAUGGAGUAAACCCUGACAACGGCAGCUGGACAGAAAUAAAGAGAGAGGCCUGGAUCUCUUCCAACCUUUAUGGACUCUCCAGGGCCUUUCAGGAGUUUGGCCUGGCAAGGUUUAAGAGCAGUGUUACCAAGACCAUGAAGGGGUUUGAGUACGUCUUGGCCAAAAUGCAAGGGGAGACGCCAUCAAGAACGCUAGCAGAGACAGCCAAGGAGGCCACAGAGAAAGCCAGGGAGACAGCGUUGGCCGCGACAGAGAAGGCGAAAGACCUGGCAUCUCAGGCACAGAAGAAGCAGUAUGUGUGAGGUGCUGGAAAUGGGGUUUGGCUCCCAGCCAGAUCAGACCCAUUGUUCAUGGUGGACCCUCACCUCAGCCCACCACCCCCAACCAAACCUCACACUUUCCGCACCUCGCAACGCCAGCACCCAACCCUGCAACCCCUCACCUCCGCCUUUGUACUGUCACAUACAACCUCACAUUUCCCCACUCCACCAUACCCUGUCCUACCUCAACAAAUCCUCUGGUCCCUGGUUUCUUGCUUCCUGGAAAGCACUGUACCAUUCCUCUGUGCCCAACAUGUGCUGUUUUCAACUUUUCCUGUUGUGGAGUACAGAUCUAAAUAUGUCCUUUUUAUCAUAAUACCUCUGUACGGAACAUAGCUAGAUAGCAUGCAAAGGUGUGGCACAGCCACAGUACUUGAUUUACCCAAACUGUGUGGUAAAGAAUUAAACUGUAAAUAUUGCUUUUAGUCCUCAUUAGGCAUAUGUCCCUGCUUAAUUACUUGAAGUAAGUAAGUGAAUCAAUGCAAGUACAUCUGCACUCAAAUGCUUGGUUAGAAAAUUACACAAAUCCUGCUUUUUUCCUUUGAUACAAAAUUGUAAAUUCAUUGCUUCAAAUUGAAGUUAUUCGUGUGACUUUUGGUCCACGUUAUUUGCAGUCAUAGCCUGUAAGAGACCUUUUGUGUGUACCUUGUACCAUCGUAAGGUUGUACUGAACUCUACACUCUAUAGAGAUGUAGAUAUACUGAAAUUGAACUGCAGUGCCAGGGGAUGUCUGUAUCAAUACUUCAAAGUUACUCUAGAAUGUAGACAGUUAAAAUUAGUCUUCUGAGCAAAUGGUUUCAGUGGAUGAGGUGAAGGAAGAAGCAAU